UCAAAUAGAACAAAGAACGCGAUGCAAGAGAGCGAAUAAGUGAAGUAUGCUCUUGAGAGAGAAUAAAGAGCUUAGUUUAAAAAGAUGAAAAUCGGAAUUAAUUAUUGAACUUAUUGUCGUACGUGAAAGUUGAAAGAGCGCACAAUUAGUAUUUACGAUUAGUGGACGGAUUAAAAAAAUGGAACAAUAAUAUGCGCCAUGGGAAUCGGUGGAUCAACUUCAAGCCGUCCAACUACCCCCAUAUCAAUGAACCUCGAAAGACCAAAGACAUCAUCCUCUGUACUAAGUCGGAAAACAAGCCCAAGUUCUGUGCAAGAAGAAAAUCUCCAGAAACCAACGGAUUCUUGCUGUUCUCAUUUUAAAGAAAACCAUGUUGGUGUUACAAGGACUGUAACACCAGUGUCACGAAACAGCAAAGCAAACAGUUCCAUUGACGAUGAAAUUGAAGAAAUUGUUGCCAACACAUUGGAUAUAGUGUCAAAUCAAAACAAUUUAAGGCAGCAAACUGCAAAUCUCAGGGAUACUGAUAGAGGUGGUGGUAUCACCCCUUUUCGUGAUGCUGAUAUCAGCUCAGCCAGAAGCAGAACAGUAGGACAGAAAAGACUGUUGCGUUCUGGCAGUUUGAAAACUUUGCAAAAAAGGCCUAGUGAUGAUAGCGAAUUUCAAUUUGAUGCCAAAGAAUCAUUGCCCGAAGUUGAUUUUGCCAAAUUCAAAAAAGUCAACCAUCAGACAGCACAUAUAUCAUUGCUAAAAGAACGAACAAAAGAAAAAUCGUGGGGAAAUGACAUCCUUAAUCUACCCGAUUGCCCAAGAAGCAGUGCUGUAGCUGUCUUUCGUCUUGCUACCAAGCACGAUUGCUUAUACGCUCAUCUUUUCCGUCUUAAAAUAGUGGAUAAUCCUGCCUGCCCCCUCUGCCGCAGUGGUGCGACGAUGGAUGCUGAACAUCUUCUCAACUGUUCAAUUCUCGCAAAGAACUGCAUCUACUCCCGAUACUGGGAGGCCAGAGAACUUUUGUUCAAUUUAAGUUCUUGA